AUGGUCGAUCUGCAGGCGCUUGUUAGUAAGCUCAAGAAAAGAACACGAAGAGUAGACUGGAGAAAUGUGAGGAAGUGUGUUGAGGGGUGGAAGGAACUACUGUUGGGCGUUCAUUCGGUGUUGGAGAAGUCUGCCAAAGAGGCCUCGCAGGAGCCUAAAGUAAAAGCCAGAGAUUAUCGCAGCGAAGUAAUAGAAUCGUUUUUCCAGAGAAGAGCUGAGAUACAGGAACUUGGGAUGAAAAUUGAGGCCUCUAGUUCCCAGCCGGACAAGAAACAUACCGCUACCAGGGGAAAAAGGCACGGCGACAUUGGUGCAUGGAUCCUGACGUCACCUGAUUUCCUGAAUUGGGUGAAGGCGAAGAAUGAUAGAAAUUCUCAACUACUUUGGGGUUACGGAAUUGCUGGUUCUGGAAAAACAUUUCUAAGGAUGGCUGGAGCACCCAAUGUGUUUUUAACAAGUAGGGAAAACAUAUCAGGGGAUAUACAGAAUACUCUAGACUUCGCGACUAAAAUCGAAUUAAGGGCGAGAGAAGAGGACAUCAAGAUCUAUGCCGAGCAUAGGGUUAGUGACAGUUUAUUGGCCAACCGCUUAUAUGGCAAAGAAUUGUAUAGAGAAAGGAUUGUCUCUGAUAUCGGAGAAUGUGCAAAGGGAAUGUUCUUGCUGGUUGACUUUCACAUACAGCAUUUGUGUCAACAGCCCAGUAUAAACCAAAUCCUCCACGAGCUCAAAGCUUUCAAGAGCACAUCUUCAGAUCGACCCCCGCUCAUCCUUAUAUACGAUAGGAUCGUGCAUGCAAUAAGUAUUAAGCAGGGGGUAUAUGAGUUGGAACACGGUAAUAUCACCUCUGAGAAGCUUCAAGAUAUUGCGGGUGUUCAACUCGGCUUUGAGCUCAAUGUGCUGGACCUACCGGAUCGAGAAACAAUACUCAACCUUUGCUCUGGUCUGGUGACCAUAGACGAGAAAACCUCGAAAGUUCAGUUUGUGCAUUCCACUGCUCAAGAAUACCUCGUAAAAAUAUCAAUAGUACGCCCUGCUACAGAUUCGGCACUGACCAUAGCUUGUGCCUCCCACCUCUUAUCCAAAGCUUUCUCGAGAGGAGCCUUGAUUUGCCAAUCUGAAUUCGAAGCACGGGUUGCAGCAUACCCUUUCCUAGGAUACGCUGCUGAGAAUUUCAUGUUUCAUUUGGUAGAAUAUGACAAUUCGCUGACGAAAAAUCCACUUUUGAGGUUUUUGAAAAGAACAGGCACAUUCUCUUCUUACGUGCAGGCACUUGAUUCUUCAUCAGAUCAGCCGACAUACCCUAGAAACUAUCUUCCUCUGCACUUUGCCUGUUCAAUAGGCCAUCUUAAAGUUGUCCAAGUACUUCUAGAAACUAGAGUUGGUAUCAUAGCAAUAGAUAGCUAUAGAGAGACAACUUUCACUCUAGCGAUUGCCAAUGGGCACAAAGAGAUAGUUCAGCUUCUACUAGACAAAUUUGCUGGUUGCAAAAGAUCUCAUCAUUUUGAUCAAGGAAAAAAAAUAGAGGACACGCAGAGUUCUCUCAAGAAUGGAUUUCCUUGCUCUGUUCAAGACGAUUUCAACACAGCGCCACCACUUUCCACUCCAAGGGAAGACAACAAACCGAAAAAUAGCGAGACAUACGUCCUAUAUUUCGCCGCAUCUGGUGGUCAUGUAGAAAUAUUAGAGUGGCUGUUCAAUAGGUUGGGCGAUCUCUGUCCCGAAAGAUCAGACGAUUGUCCGAUGGAUAUGGCACUAGCGAACGCGGCAGCUGCGGGGCACGAGAGGGUGGUAGAGAUACCCCUCAAGAAAGGUAUCCCACCAUCCGGUAAAUCGGAAGUUGGCCAACUAUCCCCGUUACAUGGAGCUGCGUCUAAAGGUCACCUUUCCACUGUCAAAUUACUGCUACAACACGGCGCUACUCCUGCAGUAUCGUGUCCUCGCUGUCUUAGAUUCUUGUCUGACGACCUAAGAAAUGAGGACUCUGAAACCAUAGAAAACAGACUGUGCUGCACCUCGCCGCUGUAUGUGGGCAUGAAAAAAAUUGUCAGUUUGCUUCUUGAGAGUGUUCCGGGUAUUGGGUUAGCGCAGGACAUUGAGAAUUUUACGGCAUUGCACCUUGCUGCGCUAAAGGGCCAUAAUUCUGUGGUCCGUGUACUACUUUCAAAGGAUCCAAACACAGACCAUUCGAAAGUUAACUCCCACCGACAAACAGCUCUCCAUUUAGUAGCCUCCGAAGGCCACGCCACCACUGUUAAGCUUCUUCUUGAUAACGGUUAUGGCAUUGACCCCUCGGCAAAGGAUAUAAACGAAUACACUGCGCUAGGCUGGGCUGUACAGGGAGGCUAUGAAGAAGUUGUCCGUUUCCUACUUCAUAAGACGGAGGCUGAAUCCACGGACUGGCAAGGCGGGAAUUUACUACAUCUCGCAGCGAGGAAUGGCCACACCGGGAUCGCUAGUUUGUUAAUACAACAGACUCCUGGUUUAUUCGUGCAGAAUGCCAAUGGAAUGACACCUUUGCAUAUCGCAGCAAUGAAGGGUUAUGGAGAAAUGGUCUGUCUGCUGCUGGAGAGUGUAACGGAAAGCGAGUUCUCCAUGAAGGAUGGAAACGGAUACACCGCGCUACACUGGGCUGUACAGGAAGGCCACGACCAAAUAGUCCAUUUACUGCUACAACGCGAACAUAAAAUCGAUUUUUCAGCCAUGAUUACCGCCGGAUGGCAGACUGUGUUACACAUUUCAGUGCUUAAGGGCCAUGAGCAGAUCACUCGGUUACUGCUUGAAAAAAUUCCGAGUAGUGUCCUCGCCAUCCGCAACAUGAGAGGGUAUACAGCGUUGCAUCUCGCUGUAUCGUGGGGUCAUGAAACCAUCGUUCGCUUGCUAGUCGAGAGAUGUCCGGGGCCACACCUUUUGGCGGAGGAAGGUCAUGGAUACACAGCACUGCACCUUGCAGCAAUCAGAGGUCAUGAAGGAAUGGUCCAAUUGCUGCUCCAGAAGAGCCCAAAAGUCUAUAUUUCAGUAUUGACAACAAGUGGAUCUGGUGAAGUGAUAGACGACGCCGAGCCAAGAAAAGGACACGAAGUAGUGGCUGGUUUGUUGGUUGAUAGCGAGUCGGUAAAGAACAGCUGUGGGUUAACGGCACAAAAACUGGCGACUUUGAAACGAAGGUUUGCGGCCGACAAUGAAAAAGGACGGGAGCGGAAAGUGUCAACACCUCAAUCUGUUUCUGAUGCAUAUGCAUGA